UCCCAAUCAUCCGACCGUAUUCCUCGCCGUAUUCUAAUCGUAUUCCACCAUCCGGAUCGAACUCUCAUCCUCGUCCACCUCACUCCGCGCUCAUAUCUCUCGAGAGGAUUCACCAGCGCUUAGCUCCCUGGACAACAACGCCAGGGACCGUGCCAGCACCACAAACUCUCGUACCUGCAUACUGCGCCCCUUCGACCCACGAGACCAUCCCUACUGGUCUCACCUCACCUCAACUUCACCGACAUUCCCGCCGCCAUGGACCUCGACCAGGCCAACGGCGGCAGCAGCAGCGAGGUGCAAUCUCCUAGUGUCGACGAUGCCUCGAUGCACACAAUCACAGCGUCCUCCCUCCAGAACCAAAAUCCGACAUACGACCAGCGACCCAGCACAUCUUACUCCGAUACGGGCUUCACGCGUCCUUUCUCCGAGUCCCAAUCGGGCACACCCGACAAUGUUCAGAGCGGCAAUGGCAUUAGCCGACCACCGUCCACACAAAGCCAGGGACAAUUCGAUCAGAACGGCCAGCGACAGCAAGCGCAGAAGAACGCGUCGGUGGUGAUCAAAGUGGGCAUGGUGGGCGAUGCGCAGAUUGGCAAGACGAGUUUGAUGGUGAAAUACGUGGAGGGCAGCUGGGAUGAGGACUACAUACAGACGUUGGGUGUCAACUUCAUGGAGAAGACUAUCAGCAUCCGGAACACAGAAAUCACCUUUUCGAUUUGGGAUCUUGGCGGACAGCGCGAGUUCGUCAACAUGCUACCACUUGUCUGCAACGAUGCCGUGGCCAUCCUCUUCAUGUUCGACCUCACUCGGAAAUCCACACUCAACAGCAUCAAAGAGUGGUAUCGACAAGGACGAGGCUUCAACAAAACCGCCAUCCCUUUCCUCGUGGGCACCAAGUAUGACCAUUUUGUCAACUUCCCGAGAGAGGAGCAGGAGGAGAUUUCGAUGCAAGCAAAGAGAUUCGCAAAGGCGAUGAAGGCGAGCUUGAUCUUUUCGAGUACCAGUCACAGUAUCAAUGUGCAGAAGAUCUUCAAAAUCGUUCUAUCAAAAGCAUUCGACCUCCGCUGUACGAUUCCCGAAAUCGAACACGUUGGCGAACCGCUGCUGCUUUACCAG